AUGAGCUCUACCAGUGUUUCCGUGGCCCCAGUUCCCUCGACAUCUUUCGACCCGGAUUUCCAAACACCACUCAUUUUAGGUGAAUCGUUGGAUUUCUCGGACUCUGACGAAUCUCAGUUUGUCGGUGCAUUUUCGGACGGCCUGUGGGCCAAGUCUGAGCAUAUUCUGUCUAUGUCUGGUUUCCAAAAGCCGGGAGCUGGUGCUGUACUUGAUUACUCCACGCGCUCGUUGCAUGAUGCUAGUUCGUUCACGACCUACGCCCAAUCCCCCUACGUGACCACAUCUCUUGUUCCUUCUCCCAUGGCCGACCAGGCCAGUCAAAUCUCGGACUGUGUUCCAUACAUCCCUGGUAAUGACUACGGCAGCUCAUAUGAAGAGUCGCAGUCCCCACUGAUGGCUUCUCGCUCUCGACAAUUACCUGAGAUUGUCACCUACAGUCCACAGCGUGGCUGCGAAGGAACUCGAGUGGUUGUGCAGAUCCAGUCUCCCUAUGACCUGCACAACUCAGCAUACGACUUGUAUGUGGUCUUUGGCACCAAGAAGUGUGAAUGUAUCCCAACUUUCCUGGGUUUCGAGGGAUCAAGCUUUCAAUAUGCGCUCUCAGCAGAUGCCCCUCAAUUUAUUUCCACUGGCUCGCCUUCGUUUGCUGUCCCUGUCCAGAUUGUCCUGGAAGGCCAAGGUGACUACCCGUCUGCUACCCUCCAAGUCGGCGUUUACACAUACGAGCAUGUGCCUUCCACUGCAUCAUCGACCACAAGUUCCCACAAGCGAAAGUUUUCUUCAUAUAACGAAAACCCUGUGCUGGCGCCUGUCAAGCGCUCCACUGGCCCUGUGAUGCCCAAGAUUGAGUCCCACGACAACUACUCUUACCGGGAUAACCACAGCCACAGCCGCUCCACUUCCUCUUCUUUCUCGCCAUACGUGCAGCCGCUCCCUGUAAUUCCUAGCUUCGCGGCCCCUUACAAUGCUGCCUCGUCUCCCCGCACUGCUAUGGGCCAGUAUUCCGCCACACCCCAACAUGCCAUGCGAGCUCCUUCUCCUCUUACACCAGCUUGGAGCCCAUCUUUCGUCUCAGUUGGCAUCGAUGGCCGGCCAUCGGGCUACCCCUCGGGUAUUCCCAUGGCCCAUGGAAUGUCACAGCACAAGGGAUCUUCUCAAGUCCGCUCUUCCAACCCUACUUUGAUCCGAACAUCGACGAUUCAGCAAUCUGGUCUUAGCCACAGCCAACCCUUCAAUCCCUACGCUAUCUACCCUACUAAGGCUGUUCUCAAGCUUAACGGUGAUUUGGAUAGCAUGGCUGAGGGAUGGACUAAGGAAGAGCGCACUACUCAACGUCGUCUGGUACAGUUCACUCGUAACCAGACAGGAAGUACCAUCCUCGCCGACUUCAAGCCUGUGACUCCCGAGGAGCGAACACCCAACAGCAUUUGCAUUAGCUGCAUCUCCUGGGAAGGAAAAAGUGAGUGCUACGUCACCAGCGUGGACACCAUCUACCUGCUCGAGUCUCUAGUCGGUGUCCGAUUCACCGUUGAGGAGAAGAACCGCAUUCGCCGCAACCUGGAGGGAUUCCGCCCCUUGACUGUUUCCAAAGCCAAGGCCGACAGCGAAGAGUUUUUCAAGGUCAUCAUGGGUUUCCCUGCACCGAAGCCAAGAAACAUUGAGAAAGACGUCAAGGUCUUCCCCUGGAGAAUCCUGAGCCUCGCUCUGAAGAAGAUCAUUGGAAAAUACUCUGCCAGCUAUUCGUCGACUGCUGGUUCCUUGCACACCCCGAUGACAAAUUACGCUAGCCACGGCACUGCUUCCGACUCAGGCACCGAGCCUCACACUGCUCCCUCUCCCCAUUCAGUGUCAGACUCCGGCCCCACCAGCAGUUAUGCCACCAGCAUGGCCCCUUGUUACUCUACACGAUCGGACCACUGUGCUUCGCUAACUGCUGCUCCUGAUCUUCGAUCAGUGAUGCCUGCUGUCUCGCAGCCAUACACCACCAUGGGAAUGGGUACCUAUCCAUACCCAGCCAUUUGCCAGCCUCAUGGUACCCAUGGCUUGGUCGCUCCGGCUCCCCGGUCAGCAUGGGAUAUGCAGAGUCUCGGACACCCCGCACCCUCUACCGCUGCUCCCCAUGGCGCCUGCUACAGCUACAUGGAACCGGUAUACCCGCUCCCCGACUCCGAAACGGGCCAGUGA